UUGCAAGUAGUGAGUAACAACUAUUUUGUACUUUUAGUGUCCACAGUGGGCAACGGUGUCAUCAGCUCCGACAGCGAAUACUCCUCCUCCUCCUCCUCUUCAACUGACAGCCAUGACUUCACUGCUGAAUCAGAAGAUUUAGAAACAUUGUGCGAGAAAGCCCUCGAUGCAGCUAUUCAAUAUGUGCCCCAAUACGGUUGGAGCCGUGCAGCGCUGGAGGCAGCGUGUUCAGCUAAAAACCUCCCUCCAGGAUUACACUCCCUUGCUAUGCCUAGGGGUGGCAUCGACCUGGUAACACACUUCUUCGAGUCUCGGAAUCAUCUGCUGGCCGAGGAAUUAGCACGCUGGCGUGCUGAGGACUCCGGCAGUGGAACGUCUUCCUCGCAAACUGUUCCUCCUAACAGUUUCGGCUUCAAGGCACCCCCUCCGUUUGCUACCAAGGCGGAGACGGACGCCUUCCUGCGUCGUGCUAUCCAGUACCGUCUUCGGUUAAUCGAGGAAGUACUGCCCUACUGGCCGCAAGCCAUGGGUCUCCUCUCUCUCCCACCGAAUGUGCCUGCAGCUAUCGCCCUCGAGGCCCAACUGGUAGAUGAGAUCUGGGCACAGGCCGGCGAUCGUUCUGUUGACAUGAACUGGUACGCUAAACGCCUCGGACUGGCCUAUGUGUACAAGCUGACUGAGCUGUUCUUCAUUCAGGACAAGUCGCCGGACCAUGCAGAUUCCUGGGCCUUCCUUGAUCGACGUAUCACCGACCUGCGUUGCAUGAAGGAGGCAAAGGUUAAACGGAAGCUCAACAGAGAUAUAUAG